AAGAAAGAAGAGGUAAUUUGUGAAUUUUAUGAUUUUAUUUUUUAAUUUUAGGCAAAAAAAUUGAAAUGAGAUUAUGAGAAUACUACUACGUAUUUUGCACCCCAUAAAAGUAGUUAGGGUUCUACACCAAGUCACCAACAAAUCCAUCAACUAAAGUUUUUGUUACCCAAAACUUUGUUCCUAAAAUAUCGCGCGCCAGAGAUCGGAGUAAAACCGCCUCCUCCAAUAUGUCCGCCUCUGACGGGGCGGCAGCUUCCACUUCGCCGAAGCACGACCACCCCUUGAACGUCAGUAAAGAGAUCGCCGGGGAUGAAACUCCGGCGCACGUGAUUCUUUACGGGAACGAUCCCGGGACGUCGGACCUGAGGACGCCUCUCCCUUUUGUUCUCUCCUUCAAUAACCUCACUUACAACUUGAAACUACGCCGGAAAAUGGAGGUUCCAUCCAUACUCCGGUUCCGGAGAGGCUUGAACUCCGGUGACGGAGAGACGAAAAUGCUUCUCAACGACAUCUCCGGUGAGGCGCGUGACGGGGAAAUCAUGGCCGUUCUCGGCGCGUCGGGGUCCGGGAAGUCGAAGUUCAUCGACGCCCUCGCGAACCGGAUCGCCAAGGAGAGCUUGAGAGGAGCCGUGAAGCUCAACGGCGAGCCGUUGGAUUCCGGCUUGAUGAAAGUCAUAUCCGCCUACGUCAUGCAAGACGAUCUGUUGUACCCCAUGCUCACCGUCGAGGAGACGCUCAUGUUCGCCGCGGAGUUCCGCCUCCCGCGGGCCCACUCCGCGGCAAAGAAGCGGGAGCGUGUCGAGGCGUUGAUCGACCAAUUGGGCCUCCGGAGCGCCGCAAAGACGGUGAUCGGAGACGAAGGCCACCGCGGGGUUUCCGGCGGGGAGCGGCGGCGCGUGUCUAUAGGGAUCGACAUCAUCCAUGACCCCAUCGUCCUCUUUCUCGACGAGCCAACGUCGGGGCUCGACUCCAGGAGCGCGUUCAUGGUGGUGAAGGUUGUGCAGAGGAUCGCUCGGAGUGGGAGCAUUGUGAUCAUGUCCAUUCACCAGCCGAGUCACCGAAUAAUGGGGUUGUUAGACCGGGUUCUCUUCCUCUCCGGCGGUCGAACUGUAUAUAGCGGUUCGCCGUUCGAUUUACGGCGGUUCUUCUCAGGUUUCGGCCACGCGAUCCCGGAGAAUGAGAACCCGACCGAGUUCGCCCUUGACCUUAUCCGCGAGUUGGAAUGCUCGCCGGAAGGAACGAAUUGUCUUGUUGAGUUCAACCGAACUUGGCAGAGUAACCGGACCGAAUUUUCUCUGGUUCAACGUUUAUCACUAAAGGAGUCCAUUGGCGCGAGCAUUUCCCGUGGUAAACUAUUCUCCGAGGCCACCGCCGCCACCGCCGCAACCGCCACCACCAACGAAGUCAACCAAAAUUCCUUGGUCCCCAAAUUUGCCAACCCGUUGUGGACCGAAAUCGCGAUCCUGUCGAACCGGUCAUUCAAGAACUCACGGAGAAUGCCCGCCCUUUUCGGAACCCGGUUAGGUGCAGUGGUGGUAACCGGGUUCAUCCUAGCCACCAUGUUCUGGCGGCUCGACGACUCCCCGAAAGGCGUCCAGGAGCGGCUCGGCUUCUUCGCUUUCGCCAUCUCCACCACGUUCUACACGUGCGCGGAAGCGCUGCCGGUUUUCAUCCAAGAAAGGUUCAUAUUCAUGCGGGAGACGGCCCACAACACCUACCGGAGAUCCUCCUAUUGCCUAUCCCUCGCGCUCGUCUCGUUCCCCUCCCUAGUCGUCCUCUCCCUCACCUUCUCCGUCCUAACAUUCUGGACGGUCGGCCUAGACGGCGGCCUCUCGGGGUUCCUAUUCUACACCGGCAUCAUACUUGCCUCGUUCUGGGCGGGGAUCUCGUUCGUCACCUUCCUCUCCGGCGUCGUCCCCCAUGUUAUGAUCAGCUUCACCAUUGUCGUCGCCAUUCUAGCUUAUUUUCUCCUCUUCAGCGGCUUCUUCAUAAGCCGGAACCGGAUCCCGCCAUACUGGAUAUGGUUCCACUACAUCUCCCUCAUCAAAUACCCGUACGAGGCGGUGUUGAGGAACGAGUUCGAGGACCCGAUGAAGUGCUUCGUUCGGGGGAUGCAGUUGUUCGACGGCACGCCGAUCGCCGGAGUCUCGCCGGAGAUGAAAAGGAGGUUGUUGAGUAGCAUGAGUGGGACGCUGGGAAUCCAGAUUACCGGCGAGACGUGCGUGAUCACCGGAGCUGAUGUGCUGGCGCAGCAGGGAGUGACGGAGCUCGGCAAAUGGGGCUGCUUGUGGAUCACGAACAAGAGAAGGUAGUGUUUGAUUGAGUGAAAUAAUGGGAGAUUUUUAUUUGUAUUGAAUACCUAUAUUGGCCAAAAAGAUUUUUUUACGUAAAUUAAUAAAUUGAGAUGUGAUUCAUAUAGAGAAGAGGGAGAGAAAGUUAAUUUGAACUACUAAAUCCAUUCUAUAAAAUGAAUGAAAACUUCAUUAUGGGACAACCAAAAAAGGAAUGAAAGCUUUGUUUUGGG